AUUCGGAUAACACGCCCUCCCCGGCGCGUCUCCCCCUCGCGCCGGCGGCCGUGGUGCCGCCCAAGGCGGAAGCGGCUCCCUGACGGAACCGGCUCUCGGGGGCCGCUAUGGCUGCGGGUGUUCCCUGUGCGCUGGUUACCAGCUGCUCCUCUACCUUCACCGGAGACCGGCUGGUCCAACAUAUCCUUGGAACAGAAGAUCUUACUGUGGAAGUGACUUCCAAUGAUGCUGUGAGAUUUUAUCCCUGGACCAUUGAUAAUAAAUACUAUUCAGCAGAUAUCAAUCUUUGUGUGGUACCAAAUAAAUUUCUUGUCACUGCAGAGAUUGCAGAGUCUGUCCAAGCAUUUGUGGUUUACUUUGACAGCACACAAAAAUCAGGUCUUGAUAGUGUCUCCUCGUGGCUUCCACUGGCGGAAGCAUGGUUACCUGAGGUGAUGAUCUUGGUCUGUGAUAGAGUAUCUGAAAAUGGUGUAAACAGACAAAAAGCUCAAGAAUGGUGCAUCAAACAUGGGUUUGAGUUAGUAGAACUUAGUCCAGAGGAGUUGCCUGAGGAAGAUGAUGACUUCCCAGAAUCUACAGGAGUAAAGCGAAUUAUACAAGCCUUAAAUGCCAAUGUCUGGUCUAAUGUAGUGAUGAAGAAUGAUAGGAAUCAGGGCUUUAGCCUUCUCAACUCAUUGGCUGGAACAAACCGUAGCACUGGGUCAACAGAGACACGUCACUCAGAGCAACCCCAUUUGUCAGCUGCAGAUAGGACCGAAUCUCCUUCCAGUCAUCGGGGAGGUGCAUCUAAUACAACAGAUGCCCAAGAUGAUAGCAUCAUGGAUCCCAUGUUAGAUCUGGAUAUUCAGGAAUUAGCCAGUCUUACUACUGGAGGAGGAGAUUUGGAGAAUUUUGAAAGACUAUUUUCAAAGUUAAAGGAAAUGAAAGACAAGGCUGCGACACUUCCUCACGAGCAAAGAAAGUUGCAUGCAGAAAAGGUGGCCAAAGCAUUCUGGAUGGCUAUUGGGGGAGACAGAGAUGAAAUUGAAGGCCUUUCUUCUGAUGAAGAGCAUUAAAUUAUUCUUACUAGGUUUGACGAACAAGGAUUCUAGCUCUAUCCAAGAUAACUUCCAUACUCAGUCUAGUCAUAUUUUGCUGAAAUUCCCAUUAUCAUGUUGGCUGUUUAUAAUUUUAGUUUUUAGUAGAGCAUUAAGAAGUGAUCUUUUUCCCCUCAGUAUAUUUUAAGAGAGUGAGGAGUAUAAUGAUAAUAACAAGUGAUAAUUUCUCAUAUAUACCUUUUUUAUUCUAGAAAUGGGGGUAGAAUGAGUUUCAGAGGUCUGUGUCAUUUACCUAGAUUGAAGAAGAAAACCACCAAGUCAUUCCUGGUCAGCCUUUUAAGUAGCAUUCUCUACAUUCAAACUUGGUAGUACACAUCAGGAGCUGGCUUAUCUCAGCUUUCCUGGGUGUUUUAGGUUUUCUCCAUUUAAGAAGCUUGUGGCUCAGAGUUACGCUUUUAGGGGGACAAAAAGAGGGAACUGCAAAAUUGAUUUGUGUUAUAGAUGGGAUCAAAGUCAGUGGCCAACAGGUUAGUCUCUAAUUAAAAAAAAAAACAAAACUUCUGUUCAUUCGAAGUAUGGUAUCUGAGUUUAUGCUAGGAAGAAUUAAAAAACCAGUGUGAACUUUUAUUUAGACCAUUAUAAAUGUAGCAAAAGUUUCCUAUUCUGGUGGGGAUAAAACCCCUCUAAACUGAGUUAUGGGGAAGAGGUGUGUGUGUGUAAGAAAGAAUCUCAAAGGAAUCCCUGUGUAGGUCAUGGAAACAGUAAGUGAUUAUAUACUGAGAUUUUUGCAUUAGCAUUAUCAUGAAAAACUCUUCUUAGAGUUCUCCCCUGCUAUUUGAGAUGCCAGGGCUGUGUUGUCAUACUUCAUACCCUCAAAACAAGGCAAGUGUCCCCCUUCUUUCUCUUUCAAAGCCAAACAGAGAUCACUGCCAAAAAUAGCAAUAGUAGGGGUGGUUGAGGAUGUGAAAUGUUAGGCAGUGGAUUCCUGAGCACCUUGUUUUACUUGCAGCAUUGAUGGCCCCUCUGCAGCCUUCUAGAACUGGAGCCCUGUGGGAAUACCCUUUGCUCUUUAUCCUUUGUCUUGUUCCACUGGGUCAGCCCCAAAUGCUGAUUGCCAAAGAAAGUUUCUAAAGGAAGAGUGGAAAGUACAGCAAAUAAAAAUCCUUUUUUCUGUUUUUGUAGACACUUC